UUUGCUUUGCUAUCAUCCGAUCGGACAGAGACUUCACGCUUUGCAUGUAAGCCAACAGAAACCUCUUUAAAGAAAGGAAAAAAAGAGAGAAGAAAAUCAAUAAAAACCCAACGCGGGAGCGCGCGAGAGAGAGAGGUCUGUUAGGUUCCUGAGAAAGAGAAGAGAAGAGAAAAUCGGAAGGAAGAAGAAAAUAUGAUGUCAGGAGGAGUAGGCAAAUACACACACAUUGAUAAUCAACCACAAGUCUCUGGAUCUGUUCCUGCUGUUCCAGAUCCCGGCCACGUCACUGUGCAAUUCACCGCAGAUUCGAAUCUGCAGACAUUUCCUCCAUCAGGUUCGCAGGGGAAGAUCUCAGGUGGAUCCCGUCCGCCUCGUGAUGCUGAUGAUACGUUUUCAAAACCUAUUUCUGGUUCUGACGAACCCCAACAAGGUGGUUGGUUUCGAACAUUCACAAUUGCUGCAUACAAGCCAUACUUUGAUGUUGACACUACUGAUGUUUUGGAAAGGAUCAAAGAUUCACUUUUCCCAUUUAGAGGAACUUUUACAGAAAAAACAGCCAACAACCCAGAUCUGUAUGGACCAUUUUGGAUAUGCACCACCCUAAUCUUUGUAGCGGCCUCCAUUGGCACUUUUGUGACAUAUAUAGCACACAAGCUGCAGAAGAAAGAAUGGAACUAUGACAUAAAUCUGGUGACUUGGUCUGCUGGAGUGUUUUAUGGCUAUGUCCUUCUUGUUCCUCUUGCAUUAUAUGUAAUUCUCAAGUACUUUUCAGCACCAUCAGGCCUUGUCCAACUGUUCUGUCUUUAUGGCUACUCCUUAUUUGUCUUUAUUCCAGCAUUGUGCUUCUCAGUGGUGCCCUUGGAAAUUUUCAGAUGGGUGAUAGCAGGUGUGGCAGGGUUCAUGUCAGCAACCUUCGUGGCACUUAAUCUCCGAGCCCAUAUUAUGUCCGCAGGUGAAAGGUGGUUUUUGAUCGUUGCCGGUAUCUUUCUUUUGCAGUUGGCUCUAUCCGUUGUAUUGAAACUUUAUUUGUUCACAGUUACUGUAUAAGAAAGAAUAUUGUUCCAUAAAGAGAGGCGAACGGGUUGUAGAUGACAAAAAUGAGUCUUUUUGGUCGUUAUAUCCUCCUUUUCUUACAACAAUAUUUUGCUGAAAUAUUUUUCAGCAAUUAGGACCCACUUGUAUUCAUUCAUUCGUGGCAAUAUAACUCAAAUCAUUAAUGUGA